AUGGACUUGUUGCCAAAUAUAGAAUAUGUACACCUUGGGAUAUCUUUUACAUUUGACAGAGGUAGUAAGACAAUUCAGCAAAAGUGAUGUCAAGAAUAGUGAUGAUGAGAUUAAUAACACAGUAGAAAAAUGAUAAGUAGAAAGAGGAGAAGAAAAGAUAACAGUAAUAGUCAUAAUAAUAACCACAAUAAUAAUAAUAAUAAUAAUAAUAAUAAUAAUAAUAAUAAUAAUAAUAAUAAUAAUAAUCGUUAUCAUCAUGGGCAGUAGGAGCGGCAUCAAGAAGAAGAAGAAGAGGAAAGAGAAGUCUAAGAAGUGGAAGGAGAGUCGGCAGAUGGAGAGAAGGCGUAGUCGUCUUCUGAUAAAAGUGGCAUCACCAGAGGUCGUGUGUAUAUUUGUUAUUACGUGGCAAAGAAAGGGCUGAUCGGAAGUUUUCUUCUCGUGAUGAGGUAAGACGAAUAAUAAUUUUUUCCCAAGCUAUUUGGGCUGGACGGGGAAAGUUGCUGCCCCGCCUCACCUAGGUCUCGCUGUUUCCCUUCUGGUGCGAUUUUGACUCCGCAAAGUGUUGCACACUCAUCCGCGGCCCUUUCUGCUGGCUGCAAUUUUUCUCCGUCUGUCCCUCCCUUCGCUGCAGAUUAUUCUCAUGGCUUCCGAGCAGCAGUUGGCGGUAGUUAAGGUGAUUCUUGGAUCUCGUCCUUUAACGCUACUCUUAUGUCUCAAAAACUUGUUAUGAGGUUGGUUUUCGUUCUGAUUGGGGAUGGAGGAUGCCGACGAAUGCACAUUCAGGGCUCGCGAGUGCUCAUGGUGGGAGCGGGCGGCAUCGGCUGCGAGCUACGCGAGACUUUGGCGCUUCGAGGACAUCCGCAUCGUAAGAAUAUCUCAUCGCUUCUCUGUUCAUGCCAAAAGUGUGGAUACGGGAAAUCUUCUGAAGGUUUUUAUUUAACUUCAUGCCAAAAGUGAUGCCUUAAAUUGAACCACGAAUCUUGUCCAAAUCUUGGUGGAAUGCUCUUGUAAGCUUCUUCUAGAUCACCAUGUAAGAAUGCAUUCUUCACAUCAUACUAUUGAAUUUGCCUACUAAAAUGAGCUGCUGGUGAUAGUCAAAGUCUUAUAGUGCUUAUUUUUUGGCCACUCGGGCAGAUGUCUCACGAAAGUCAACUCCAUAGGUCUGGGUAUAGCCAUUAAUAACUAAUCUUGUUGUAUCAUUGAGAGAGUCACUAAAGUCAUUAAACUUAUAUUUCAUGGUGAAAACCGAUCUACAGCCUACCAGAUUAUUUCUCUUUGGUUGCUCGAAAAUUUCUCAUUUUUCUCACAAGUAACAAUUACCCGAAUGGUGCUAAGUAUUUAAUGGUCAUUUUUUCUAAGCAUACCCAUUUUGUUGUAGUGUAUUUACAAAAGAAGAUUCAUGAAUUAUGCCUUUUUUUUGGAAAUAGUGAGAGAGAGAUUGGUUAAAGUAACUCCAUGCAUUCCCUCUUGGAAAUAAAGGCUGCAAAAAACGACUUAACACUGCAAAGAAGGCACAGGGAAACCCCAGAAAAGAGGCUAGGACUCCGAUACCAUCACAAAAAGCAGAGAAUUAUAGCUUCUUUUUUAUCAUAUAUCAUACUAAUUGAGACAAGUUAGUAUGUAGCUUAAUGUACGAGAAAAGGGACGAGGAAAUAUCAAACUAAAUGAGGAAAUUUCCUGAAGCUGACUAUCUCCUGAUUUAAGGGAUCAGAAUAAAACUUUCGUAGCUAUAUAUAUGCUUAUUUUGUUCGUAAAACCACGUAUGUGACGACUGUUCACUUGAAUAUUCCCAAGUGAAACUAGGAAUAGUGGCAUCAACAUUCGUGCUCCUGUUUUAAUUUAGAACGGCAACUCUAUCAGAACAUUGGAAAUAAUCAAUUGACAGCAUUGAAUUAUGGACACAAUUGAAAUGAGCAAUCUCAAUAGACAGUUUCUGUUCCGACAGCAUCAUGUGGGAAAAUCUAAGGCCAAAGUAUAUCCUGUCGUAUAUUAGCUUCAGGUUAUCGUUGCAUACUUUCUGUAGUGCAUCAAAUUGACUGGCUGCACCUGGAAUCAUCUUAUCCUUCCUUUUGCGCAACUGGUUGCCCGAGAUGCAGUUUUGAAGUUUAGGCCUCACAUAUCUAUCACACCUCACCAUGCUAAUGUCAAAAGUCUGGAAUUCAAUGCAGAUUUCUUUAAGCAGUUCAAUGUUGCGUUGAAUGGCCUAGAUAACUUAGAUUUCUUUCAUAAUAUCGAUCAUUUUCUUAUGCCUGCCUUUUUUUGUAUGCAAGAUUUCUAAGCAGCCCUUCAUUUUAUGUGGGACAACUACGUAGCUUGAGAUUCUUUUUACCUUGUCCUUGCAUUCUGCCUUUCGAUUCCUUGCUUUUGGGUGCCACGACAUUGAAAUCUGCUCUAUCUUAACCUCUCGUUUUAUUUGUUACAUUUCUUGCAAAAGAAAAACAUUUCACUUAAACUUGACUGAAAGUUAUGGGGAGUCUGACUUUAUUUGACUCUGUGAUUCAUUGGAUGGAUGUGGGUUUCAAAGGACAAAUAAAAAACGGAGUCACAUCAAGUUGGACUCCCCAUAAUAUUCAUUCGAAUGCAAGCGAAAUCUAGAUUUCUUAUAAACACAUUGUAAAGAAUUAUAUGCACUGGAUGAUGGAGCAUUCAUAUGCAUGUUAGCCCUGUCUGCACACUUUGUUUCAUUCUCGACAUCUACUGAAUGAGAUUUUUUUAAUAGAAUUGUAGAAUUUUCAUGUGAAUGUUUUCUUGGCCUAAUUAUUUCUUAUUACAUUAAAUUACCGCAUCCUUACUUUGAAAACAAAGACUCCUGUUUGAUAAAACGCUUCAAAACUUGAUUUUAAUAUUGUGCAUAUGACAAAUGCAGAUGAGAAAAAGGAGAACAGUAUUUUAAAGCACACGCCAAUUUUAUCUCAGAAACUGCCAACUGAAUAUUAGGGACGAAUUUGAUAUAUUGCACCUGACUUUGGAGUAUCAGUUUUCGGAGCGUAAUUUGUCAGUUACCACUACAAUGGCGAUGCAUCUGCAUGUUUAUAUGACGGCUAGUUGGGUGUUUAAUUGAAUCUUUAUCUUUUCUAAAACUCAAGCUCCUUUUUCUUUUAAACGGAACCGCCAGAUUUCAAAGUUACCUUCCAGGCUAAGUAUUUUUUGCAUCAGCUGAUUCCAGGCUAGACGUGAUAUUUUUAUUGUCUUUAUCCUCAACCAUAGGGAGUACCAAACAUGAAAGAAAAUAA